CCAAGAACAAGAGAAAAAAUUGCCGCCAAAUUUAUUGUUGUAAACACAGUAGUGCCAGAAAUGAAGGUAACAACUCCUGAGAUAUCCUGGCAUGAACGUGAUCCUGUAUACAGCGCUGAUUUCCAACCUGGAAAACACAACAUCCAGAGAAUUGUUACAGCUGGUGUUGACAAAUAUGCCAGGAUAUGGAAAGUAUCUGUUGAUACGGAGGGAAAGUGUAGUGUGGAAUUUCUCUCCAACUUGAAGAGACAUUCAAAAUCCGUAAAUGUCUGCCGAUUCUCUCCUGAUGGAGAAUAUUUGGCAACAGCUGGUGAUGAUGAAGUUGUUAUAUUAUGGAAGUUGAGUGAUUCUACAGCAAACCCAGGAAAUCUGUUCCAAGAGGAGGAUGAAGACAACAAAGAAACAUGGGUAACCUGUAAAGUUUUCAGGGGUCACUUAGCAGAGGUAUAUGACUUGAGUUGGUCUUCAGAUAGCAAGAGAAUAGUUUCAGGAUCUAUGGAUAACACAGCCAUUGUAUGGGAUGUUGUCAAAGAACAAAAAAUUGCCAUGUUUAAUGAGCACAGAAGUUUUGUACAAGGAGUAGCCAUGGAUCCACUAAAUGAAUAUAUUGCCACUAUGAGCACAGAUAGGUCAUGUCGGAUAUUUAAUCUAUCCAGCAAAUCCUGCAUCUACAAUGUAUCCAAAAUGUCUCUGCCUGCUCCGAAAAACUCGGAGGGUAACCCUGAUGUGAAGCCAAAGUCUUUCCGCAUGUUCCAUGAUGAUACGAUGAGGUCGUUUUUCCGACGGUUAAGUUUUUCUCCUGAUGGAGAGAUUCUUAUAGUUCCUGCUGGAUGUAUGGAAAUGGGGGAGAAUAAAAUCAUCAACUCCACGUACCUACUGCCCCGAUCCUGUCUAAACAAGCCCGCAGCUUACCUACCUAGUCCUCAGAAAAUCACAAUCUGUGUGAGAUGUUGUCCUUGUUAUUUCAAACUUCAGAAAAACAAUGAAAACUCACCAGAUCAUUCAAAUAAUAACAAGAAAGAAUGGGAAAAGUGCUCAUCAUUAUUUGCAUUACCGUACAGGAUGGUAUUUGCAGUAGGCACAGAGGACUCUGUUUUGUUGUAUGACACACAGCAACAGUCUCCAUUCGCAUACAUUAGUAAUAUACACUAUCAUCAACUUAGUGAUUUAGCAUGGAGUCCGGAUGGACGAACUCUCCUGGUUAGCUCCACUGAUGGAUACUGUACGUUUAUCCAAUUUGGCAAAGAUGAACUUGGAGAGCUAUACACAGAAACAAAAGUUGAAAGUUCAGAGGUCAAAGAGGAGAAAGAGAAGACACCAUCAGAAAAGUCCAGUCCAACUGCUUCCUCAGUCAGUUCAAAGUCGGAAGAACCAGUAAUUAUGGACACAGACAGCGGGGAUCUUAAUCUGGUGUUGGAGACCACGAAUGAUGCUACCUCACCAAUAGUAACUACACAAAACCAGAAAGACUUGUCUGAAAAUAGUGCCAAGAAAGACACUAAUGAUUCAAUCAAAGCUAGCACACCCUCAGGUUUCCAGACCACUCCCUCAGGACCAGGCAAAGAGGGGACCAGACAACAAAAUUCUAGCACACCCUCAGCAAGGAGUAAAACUGAGGAGGGUUCCAAAGGGACCCCCACAGGCCAGCCAAGGAGGAUUCAGUUUAUAACUCUGUCCAGUGGGAAAACAUCUUGAAUAGAUUUUUUUUACAUGAAUAUAGAGGAAAAACUUUUGGUUGUCAGAGGUUUGAAAGCUAUCAAUCUAACUUACUUGCAGUGAGGUGUAAUUGAAGAGAGAAGAACAUGGGUGGAAUUUGAACAGUGUAUGGUGUAUUCUGAACUGUAGAUGGCUGUGCUAUUUUUAGGUGAAAUUGUGGUCAUUUUUGUGGAGGAUGCACUAGUCUGUACACAUCAGCAGGAAUACAAUAGGAAUUUUACGCAAUUGGGGAACUCUGCUGUUUCUUCUGUUGGCUUGAAGAGACUUGAUUGUAUUCACAUGUUAAUGAUAUUCUAUUUUCUCAGUAGGAAUGGACUUGAGUGUAUUCACAUGUAGCUGCUAUUCUGCUAGCUUAAUAGGAUGAGCUUGUAUUCCUCUGUUACUGUAAAUCAAAUGAAACAACUCAUGAUUUUUACUUUUUGUUAACAGAAGCAUAAAACUGUGUCAACAUUUGUCCUAUGAUUACACUUACUAGAAAAAUUCUGGGCUUGAUUGAUAAGGAAGUUACAAGUGGUAGCAUAUACAUGCCAUAUGUUUAUUUCUAUUUAUUAUUUUUGUAAGCAAAUUUACUAGUUAGAUUUUUAAUACUAUGAAUACAAUACAUGUGCAUAUGUAACCAACUUUUAAAGAUGAGGCAGUAAAUAAAA